AUGCUGGACGAUUUAGCAGAUUUAGAUUUCAACAUUAGUAUCGGGGGCUCAGAUUAUAACAAUUUCUUUACUCAAUCAGACGAAAAGGAUGGCUUAACUGAAGAUACUUCAGAUUCACAUGAUAUUGAAAAUGACUCUACUAUAUCCUCGAUUACUGCAGGUUCUUCAGCUAAGCAAUAGGCACCAGUAGCCUAAACUGAAGGCAGUACUGGCAAUGGAAUGGGAAUAUUUUCUACAGCUAAUCACCCGAUUGCCUGUCUCUUUCAUAUAUUAUUCAAAGGCCUUUCUUUUUUCUGUUUCUUAUUCCUGAACAUAUUCUUGGGAAAUGAUAUCUUGGCCUUCAUCUUUAUCAUCAUUUUCGCAGCAAUAGACUUCUGGGUAGUGAAAAAUGUCAGUGGUAGGCUAAUGGUUAAUCUAAGAUGGUGGAGUGAGAUAGAUGAGGAUGGGAAUGAAAACUGGGUAUACGAAAGCAACACUGAAGAUAAGGAGGUAGGUACCACUGACUCAUGGGUUUUCUGGUCUGCUCUUUAUCUCACACCAAUAAUAUGGGGGCUUUGUGCAGUAAUGGACUUGCUUUCUUUCAAAUUUUUCUGGAUGAAUGUGGCUAUCAUAUGUGGCACUUUAUCUUCAAUAAAUGUCUCUGGAUACUAUAACUGCAAGAGGGAUCAUCAAAAUAAAUUAAGCAACUAUGUCCAAUAAAAAGCUAUGUCAUACUUCUUAGGAGAGUAUAUGGGAUAAGCUUUAGGCAGUGUAAAAGGCAUGAUGUGGUCAAAAAUACCUUCAUUCUUAGGUGGCUAGCAGCCAGUAAAGCCAAAGGAGAGUAUAUUUAGUGAUGAGGAUAGAUAGUAUUAUUGA